CUCACAUCCCGGUCCCCGGCUGCCGUCUUGUACCCAGUGCCCCGCUGGGAAGGGAUGGUUUGUCUUGCUCAUUCUGUCCCCGAAACGCCCGUGUCUUCUUCCUGAGCAAGUAGCAUGAGCAUGGCAAACGAAACAUACCUCUUCAUAAAAGACAUAAAGCCCGGACUGAAAAAUUUAAAUGUCGUCUUUAUUGUACUGGAGAUAGGGCGUGUUACCAAAACCAAAGAUGGACAUGAGGUCAGGGCGUGCAAAGUAGCUGACAAGACAGGAAGCAUCACCAUCUCUGUGUGGGAUGAGCUUGGCAGCCUCAUCCAGCCAGGUGAUAUUAUUCGGUUGACCAAAGGGUAUGCCUCUCUGUGGAAAGGAUGCCUUACACUUUAUACCGGAAGGGGAGGUGACCUGCAAAAAAUUGGGGAGUUCUGCAUGGUGUACUCAGAAGUGCCCAACUUUAGUGAACCCAGUUCAGAUCAUCCUGGGCAGUCGAGUAAAGCGGCACAGGGUGAGCAGGCUAAUAAUUCCAUCCUGUCAGCUAAUUCGGGUAAUUGUACUUUUGGGCCAACUGGAAAUGGUUUGCCAACUGGACCGGAGCUGUCAACUGCUUACAAUCAUGCCCCCCCCACCUAUGCAGGUUCUGGGAGGUCUGGCGGACGGGGUCCCGCUCCUCUCACACCUGUGCACUCUAAUAACGCUCGUCCCUUACAAAGCACAAUUAGUAAUGGGAGGGACCCUCGCAGAGCCUGCAAAAGAUGACCAAAACCAAUACUCCACGCUGUCCACAUAGCCUCGUUAGCCUACUUGAACACUUGCUGCACUUUUAUUUAUGGUUUACUGUGAAAACAU